CAUGUGAAAACUCAUUGGGUGGUGGCUUGACGUGUUAACCAACCCUUCCGUCUCUUUUUCACCUCUUCUACUCAAUUCCUUCCUUCUCUCUCUCUUGUACUCUUCUUCUUUCUUCUUCCUGAUUUUUUCUGAUACCCCAAAAGCUCCAAUUUUUAUAAUCAAACAUACCUGCUAAUCAAUCAUUGAAACCUAAACCAGAAAGAUGGAAGUUUUAUCUUCAUCACCUUUAUCAGUUCAUUCGAGAUGGGAUUUGGGUCCGCUUCAACCGUCCCGUUCACAGAGACUUGAUCCUCUUUUAACGUUUAGUUCUUCUAACAACAGCACAAUCUCUUCUUCUUUAUCUUUUUGUUCUGGCAUUUCCAUCUCACACAGGCACCGUCCGCAUAAUCCCCUUUCUUUUAAAUGCUCUCGUUCGCGUAGAAAACGUAGAAUUCUUCCUAUUUCUGCAGUUUUUGAGAGAUUUACGGAGCGAGCAAUAAAGGUGGUGAUCUUUUCUCAGAGAGAAGCCAGAGCCUUGGGUAAAGACAUGGUGUUUACCCAGCAUCUCUUGCUGGGUUUAAUUGGGGAGGAUCGUGAUCCAAAUGGGUUACUUGGUUCUGGGCUUAAGAUUGAUAAAGCCCGUGAAGUUGUUCGAGAUAUAUGGAGCAGUGAUGCCGAUGAUGAUGACGCUAAUGCUUCGGUUUCUAGUACACAGAGAGAUGGAGGGGCCGGUGCUACUUCUUCUACAGAUGUGCCAUUUUCAAUUAGCACGAAGCGAGUAUUUGAGGCUGCCGUUGAGUAUUCGAGGACAAUGGGGCAUAAUUUCAUCUCACCCGAGCAUAUAGCCGUUGGGUUAUUCACUGUUGAUGAUGGGAGCGCCACCCGUGUCCUCAAGAGACUGGGGGCAAAUGUAGAUUACUUGGCAGCUGAAGCAGUCACCAGACUUCAGGGUGAGCUUGCUAAAGAUGGAAGAGAAUUAUCUGUGGGAUCCAAACGAUCCCGUGAGAAAUCCUUUUAUAAGAAAGCUGCUGCAUCGAGAUCCUCUGAGAAAACAAGAGAGAAAAGUGCUCUGGAUCAAUUCUGUUUGGAUCUUACUGCUCGUGCCAGUGAAGGACUCCUUGACCCUGUUAUUGGGCGAGAGACUGAAAUUGAAAGAAUUAUUGAGAUACUUUGCCGCAGAACCAAAAACAAUCCGAUUCUUCUUGGUGAAAGUGGCGUUGGAAAAACAGCCAUUGCUGAAGGACUAGCAAUUAGUAUUGCACAGGCCAAUGUUCCUGUUUUCCUCUUAGCAAAACGUGUAAUGUCUUUGGAUAUGGGACUACUAAUUGCUGGUGCAAAGGAAAGGGGAGAAUUAGAGGCACGUGUUACUGCAUUAAUAAGAGAGAUACUGAAAGAAGGUAAUAUCAUCCUUUUUAUUGAUGAAGUCCAUACACUUGUUGGUACUGGCACAGUUGGACGGGGAAACAAGGGAUCUGGACUUGACAUAGCUAAUUUACUGAAGCCUUCUCUUGGGAGGGGUGAAUUACAGUGCAUUGCAUCCACUACGAUAGAUGAAUACAGGAUGCAUUUUGAAAGUGAUAAAGCAUUAGCUCGGAGAUUCCAGCCUGUGUCAAUAAAUGAGCCAAACCAGGAGGAUGCUGUUAAAAUACUGAUGGGUCUUCGUCAGAAAUAUGAGGCCCAUCACAACUGCAUUUUCACACCUGAAGCCAUAUAUGCUGCUGUCCAUCUGUCAGCAAGAUAUAUUGCUGAUAGAUAUCUUCCAGAUAAAGCUAUUGAUCUUCUUGAUGAGGCAGGAAGCAGAGCUCAUAUUGAUGCUUAUAGGAAGAAAAAAGAGCAACAAACCUGUAUCCUUUCAAAGUCACCAGAUGACUAUUGGCAAGAAAUUAGAACUGUUCAGGCCAUGCAUGAAGUGGUUCUGGCAAGCAAGAUAAAAGAUUACGACAUUGCUUCCAGCACAAAGGACUCGGGUGAAAUCAUUUUGGAGGCCCCUGUGCCUGUCACAUCAGAUGCUGAUGAGCCAACAAUAGUGGGUCCUGAUGAUAUUGCUGCAGUGGCUUCACUUUGGUCGGGAAUCCCAGUUCAGCAGCUAACUGCUGAUGAAAGAAUGUUUCUGUUAAGUCUAGAUGAUCAGCUCAGAGAACGUGUCAUUGGUCAAGAUGAGGCCGUUGCUGCAAUAUCACGAGCAGUUAAACGGUCUCGAGUUGGCUUGAAGGAUCCUGAUAGGCCCAUAGCAGCAAUGAUGUUUUGUGGUCCCACUGGGGUUGGUAAGACUGAACUAGCAAAAGCUUUGGCAGCAUGCUAUUUCGGUUCGGAGUCUGCUAUGCUGAGAUUGGACAUGAGUGAAUAUAUGGAACGGCACACUGUGAGCAAAUUAAUAGGAUCACCACCAGGUUAUGUUGGCUAUGGUGAAGGAGGCACUCUAACAGAAGCUAUUAGAAGACAACCUUUCUCGCUGGUUUUACUGGAUGAAAUAGAGAAAGCUCAUCCUGAUGUAUUCAAUAUCCUCCUCCAGUUGUUUGAAGAUGGCCACCUUACAGACUCUCAGGGAAGGAGAGUAUCAUUUAAAAAUGCAUUGGUUGUAAUGACAUCAAAUGUGGGCUCUACUGCCAUUGCAAAGGGGGGACGCACCUCAAUCGGUUUUUUGAUUGCCGCCGAUGAGUCAACUUCAUAUGCUGGAAUAAAAGCAUUGGUUAUGGAAGAACUCAAAGCAUAUUUUCGUCCUGAGUUGCUCAACAGGAUAGAUGAAGUAGUGGUAUUCCAUCCCCUUGAGAAGGCUCAGAUUCUCAAGAUUUCAAAUCUGAUGCUGCAAGAGGUGAAAGAAAGGCUAAUUUCUCUUGGGAUUGGCUUGGAGGUAUCUGAAUCUGUCAAGGAACUCGUAUGCCAACAAGGCUAUGAUAAGAUUUAUGGUGCUCGACCUCUUAGGAGAGCAGUUACUCGAAUAAUUGAAAAUCCCAUAAGUGAAGCAUUACUUGCUGGAGGAUUUAAACCUGGUGAUACUGCAAUGGUUGAUCUGGAUGCUUCAGGAAACACAGUAGUUAUAAAUCAAUCAGAUCAGAGUAUCCACGUAUCUGAUACGACAACAGUCUUGUAACCUGGUAUAUAAUUUUCAGCGUUUAUAAUGUAAUCUUAUACUUGUAAAUAAUAUGUAAUUUUUGUCUUGUAACUGCAAGCAAUUGAUUGAUUCAAGUGUAAAUAGAUGUAUGGCAAUUAUUUUUGAAACACUAUACCAUAUAAAUCUAGUUUUA